AUGCAACGCUCACAGUCAGCGGUGGAUUUUUCCAACCUGCUGAACCCCGAAUCUGCACCAUCAGUCACCCCGCCGGCUGUUCAGGCCGUGGAUCAGGACGGAGACGUCGAUAUGGCUACAGUGAGCGUUAUCAGGCCUAACGGACCUCUUCCAGGCGGCCAGCCCCAAGAGAACCCGAGUGAGCUCCCAAGGCCGUACAAGUGCCCUUUGUGCGAUAAGGCUUUUCACCGUUUGGAGCACCAGACAAGGCAUAUUAGGACGCACACUGGUGAGAAGCCGCACGCCUGCCAAUUUCCGGGUUGCAGCAAGAAGUUCUCCCGCUCUGACGAGCUCACGAGACACUCGAGGAUACAUAACAACCCGAACUCCAGGAGAGGCAACAAGAACCCGCAGGCUUCUCACCACAUGGCGUCAGCUUUGGCUCCGGACUCCAUGAUGCCGCCGCCCGCUGGACCAAGAUCCAUCAAGAGCGCACCCAACUCGACAUUAGUCUCGCCAAACGUAUCUCCUCCUCAUUCGUACUCUCAGUAUGCGCUUCCCCAGGGACCUCUCCACUACGGAAGAGGUAUGGGUGGCAGUCCUCUAUCUGGUCACACCAUGGAUAUCGGCGUUCUUGCCAAUGCCGCGAAGCAGGUAGAGCGCGACAACAGCCUCGCUUCUCACCACCACACCGCCCGGCAUCACCCAUACUAUUCGCACAGCAUACACAACUCACGGGGCCACCUCCCAUCCCUGGCCUCCUACCACAUGUCGAGGUCGCAUUCCCACGAGGAGCAUGAUGACCACUACAACCACCCUUUGAGGCAUGCAAAGAAGUCAAGGCCCAACUCGCCCAACUCGACCGCGCCUUCUUCGCCCACAUUCUCUCAUGAUUCCCUUUCUCCUACUCCUGACCACACACCACUUGCCACUCCUGCCCACUCCCCAAGACUGCGACCUUACGCUGGUAUCGAGCUUCCCACGCUGCGGAAUCUGACACUGGGCCACACGCCCGCACUCGCUCCUAUGGAGCCUCACUUUGGCGAGAACCCAUCGCCAUAUCAGCAGCAGCAACAAACCGCAAGCCCUGCUACUCGCGGCGGCAUCAGCCUGACCGACAUCAUCAGCAGGCCGGAUGGCAGCAGAAAACUGCCGGUGCCUCAGGUGCCCAAGGUUGCCGUCCAGGAUUUAUUAGCUCCCAGUGAUGGAUACAACAGCAGCGGACGCAGUUCGACGACAGCUAGCCUGGCAGGCGGAGAUCUCAUGGACCGGACAUAG